CCCGCCCCUAGGUCGAGGGGGCGGGCGGGCUGGCUGGCGGAGCGACCGUCGGGCCGGGGGCUGAGCCGGUGUCCGCGGCGUCUUCCCGACCCCGCCCCGCUGCUGCAGAAGGAUGAGCCAGCGUCUCCCUGGGGAGCAGCAGGCGGCGCCACCCGGACAGGUUUUAAAGCAGCUAAAUGGAGUCUGAGCAGCUGUUUCAUAGAGGCUACUAUCGAAACAGUUACAACAGUAUAACUAGUGCAAGCAGCGAUGAGGAGCUUUUAGAUGGAGCAGGUGUAAUUAUGGACUUCCAGACCUCUGAAGAUGACAAUCUCUUGGAUGGUGAUGCAUCAAUUGGAACUCAUUAUACAAUGACAAAUGGAGGAAGUAUCAACAGUUCAACGCAUUUACUGGAUCUUCUGGAUGAACCAAUUCCUGGAGUAGGAACAUACGAUGACUUCCAUACCAUUGACUGGGUUCGAGAGAAGUGCAAAGACAGAGAAAGGCACAGACGGAUUAACAGCAAGAAGAAAGAAUCAGCAUGGGAGAUGACAAAAAGUUUGUAUGAUGCGUGGUCAGGAUGGCUAGUAGUCACACUAACUGGUUUGGCAUCAGGGGCAUUGGCAGGAUUAAUUGACAUUGCUGCUGACUGGAUGACUGACUUAAAGGAAGGCAUUUGCCUUAGUGCUUUGUGGUUUAACCAUGAGCAGUGUUGUUGGGGUUCAAAUGAGACAACAUUUGAGGAGAGGGAUAAAUGUCCACAGUGGAAAACAUGGGCAGAACUAAUAAUUGGGCAAGCAGAAGGUCCAGGUUCAUACAUAAUGAACUACAUAAUGUACAUUUUCUGGGCUUUGAGCUUUGCCUUCUUAGCAGUUUCUCUGGUGAAGGUAUUUGCUCCCUAUGCCUGUGGCUCAGGGAUACCUGAGAUAAAAACUAUUUUGAGUGGCUUCAUCAUAAGAGGUUAUUUGGGGAAGUGGACUUUGAUGAUAAAAACAAUUACUUUAGUCUUGGCUGUCGCAUCAGGUUUGAGUUUAGGAAAAGAAGGUCCCUUGGUACAUGUUGCCUGCUGCUGUGGGAAUAUUUUUUCCUACCUCUUCCCAAAGUACAGCACAAAUGAAGCUAAAAAAAGAGAGGUAUUGUCAGCUGCCUCAGCAGCAGGGGUAUCUGUAGCCUUUGGUGCCCCCAUUGGUGGAGUCCUUUUCAGUCUGGAGGAGGUCAGUUACUAUUUCCCACUGAAAACUUUAUGGAGAUCAUUUUUUGCUGCUUUAGUAGCUGCAUUUGUUUUAAGGUCCAUCAAUCCUUUUGGUAAUAGCCGCCUAGUUCUUUUUUAUGUGGAAUACCACACUCCUUGGUACCUUUUUGAACUGCUUCCUUUCAUUCUUCUGGGAGUAUUUGGUGGGCUCUGGGGAGCAUUUUUCAUCCGAGCAAACAUUGCAUGGUGCCGUCGACGUAAAUCUACGAAAUUUGGGAAGUACCCUGUCCUGGAGGUUAUUAUUGUUGCAGCAAUAACAGCUGUCAUUGCAUUCCCUAAUCCAUACACAAGGCUAAACACCAGUGAGCUUAUCAAAGAGCUCUUCACAGACUGUGGGCCGUUAGAGUCCUCCUCCCUCUGUGACUACAGAAAUGAUAUGAAUGCAAGCAAAAUAGUAGAUGAUAUUCCUGAUCGUCCAGCAGGCACUGGAGUCUAUUCAGCUAUAUGGCAGUUGUGUUUAGCACUCAUAUUUAAAAUAAUCAUGACAGUCUUCACCUUUGGUAUCAAGGUUCCAUCUGGGUUGUUCAUACCUAGUAUGGCAAUUGGAGCAAUAGCUGGAAGGAUUGUUGGAAUUGCAGUGGAGCAGCUGGCUUACUACCAUCAUGACUGGUUCAUUUUCAAGGAGUGGUGUGAAGUUGGAGCUGACUGUAUUACACCUGGUCUUUAUGCCAUGGUUGGAGCUGCUGCAUGCUUAGGUGGUGUGACAAGAAUGACUGUGUCCCUCGUAGUUAUUGUCUUUGAGCUAACAGGAGGGCUGGAAUAUAUUGUUCCUCUAAUGGCUGCAGUCAUGACCAGUAAGUGGGUAGGAGAUGCCUUUGGUAGGGAAGGCAUCUAUGAGGCACACAUCCGACUGAAUGGAUAUCCUUUCUUGGAUGCAAAGGAAGAGUUUACUCACACAACCCUGGCUGCUGAUGUUAUGAGACCUCGAAGAAGCGACCCACCGUUAGCUGUUCUGACGCAGGAUAAUAUGACAGUUGAAGACAUAGAAAACUUAAUCAAUGAAACCAGCUAUAAUGGUUUUCCUGUUAUUAUGUCAAAAGAAUCACAGAGACUGGUGGGCUUUGCUCUAAGAAGAGAUCUAACUAUUGCAAUAGAAAGUGCUAGGAAGAAGCAGGAAGGGAUUGUUGGCAGUUCCAGGGUCUGUUUUGCCCAGCAUACCCCAUCACUUCCAGCAGAAAGCCCUCGACCACUGAAGCUUAGAAGCAUACUUGAUAUGAGCCCUUUCACCGUGACAGACCACACACCAAUGGAAAUAGUGGUGGAUAUUUUCCGGAAGCUAGGUCUGAGGCAGUGCCUUGUCACACACAAUGGGAUUGUCUUGGGGAUCAUCACAAAGAAGAACAUAUUAGAGCAUCUCGAGCAACUAAAGCAGCACGUCGAACCCUUGGCGCCUCCUUGGCAUUAUAACAAAAAAAGAUAUCCUCCGUCAUAUGGCCCAGACGGCAAACCAAGACCCCGCCUCAAUAAUGUUCAACUGAAACCCAUAGCUGAGGAGAGAGAGGAAACAGAAGAGGAGGUUCAUUUGUUGAAUAGCACAACACUUUAGUCUGAGGGAUACUUCUAUAAUCAGAGACGAGAGCUGGGUUUUUGCAUAACAGUGCUGCUGGCAAUCAAUCAGGAGUUGGUCUGAGGGAAUACAUGGCGAGGAGGAAGGCUGAUGGGAGCGUGGGAAGGGAGGAGCUGCUGUCCUGCACUGGAUGCGUCCCGAGACGUCAGGUCUGCCAUGAUAGUGCAGUGGGUGAGCCGUGCGAGGUGGCACAAUUCUCCCGCCCCAACCUGGUACUUCAGCAUUGAAGAGAUGUGUUAUUAGUCCCUGUUUCUGGAGGGAUCAUUCUGAAUUGAGCCAUCUUACAGAGACUGAAAGGUCUUGCCCUUUUUACCAUUGAAAACUGUUGUGUUAACUCAUGAAACGUGUUAAUUAUUACAUGUCACCUUUCUACAUUCCAGAAGAGCUUUAUUUCUCUCUCUCCUGAGCCGUAACAAAGCCUCUUUAAAAUUGGUAUGCCCUGUUGAAGCAGUUGUUUCUCAUAUUGAGAUGUACUGUGAGUUACUGAGGUUAGAUCACAGGAAGGGAGGGUUUUCUUGUGCCAUUAAAUGCAUAAGUUUGUACAUCACAGAAUGCUUGGAGCAGUAGAGACCCACUGCACCAAAUCCAGGUUGAACAGGGAAUACCUUGCAAGAACCAUGUGAAACUUCUUUCAACCCCAUGUGCUGUUGUGAUACGAGAAAAAUUAAAACCAGUUGAAACUACUGUUUCAAAGGAAAAUACUGGUUUUGUUGCAGAAAAUAUCAGUAACGUGACCUGGUCUUAUGCAAUUUUUGUAUUAUUGAGAACACUAUGAUGAUAUAUACCAAUGUUGUGCAGUAUAAGGAAAAGUACUGCUAUUCUACUAGUUAAGAGCUGGAACAAUUCUGUAUACGUGUAUCUGGUAAAAACUGCAUGCUACAACACUGGAGAUCCUCCCCUUGCUCCUGACCCCCCUCCUCCUACAACUUGAGAACGGUCAGUUUUUAUUUUUUCUUCUCCACAAAAGAUGUUCCACUGCUGACAUGGUAGGAAGAAAUGUAACUCAUAACUUGCACUAAAUGUAUAUUAUUUUUCUCAAAGUUUUACCAUUCUUUAUUUAUAUUUGUAUGGAUUAAAAAA